AUGCACGUCUCAAACGCCCUGCUUCUCCCUCUCGGCCUAGCCACCCUUUCCUCAGCUCUCCGAACAGGCUGCAGAGAUGGUGAAGUUGCAGUAGGCACCUGGCAGACAUGCACACUGGGCGACCCCAGAGGCGGCCCCAGCUGCGGUGACCUGCACGCGACCAUCUACGCCAAUGACUGCGGCAUGAUCUCUUACUCGCGCAACGAGGGAGAUAUUUGCGACGUUGAUGGUGGCUGGCCUUCUGGUUAUGGUCUUCGAUGCGACAACAAUAACCCAUCGAUCGCUUACACUACCGGAGACACGGCUGAAGUCGACCUUGGGGAGGAAUAG